AUGGAGUUUCUUAACAUAAGCGAGGACGUCAACUGGAUGACAAAGGUGCGUGGGCGCGAGUGCCAGUCGCUGCUGGGCCUCUUUGAGGGCCUUGACGCCUGUCGUGGCGCAACGCACAGCCUGCAGUGGUCGUUUGAUCUGUGCCAGGGCCUGUCGGUGCAGGACGGGCCGCACGCCGUCUCGGCUUUUGCGGUGACGGCGUCGCUCGCCUACGUGGAGGCGCUGCGGAGAAUGGUUCGUGCUAUCGCGGACCACGUUGGGGAGUAUGGGCGGAAUGCUACGCGCUGGCCACUGCCGGAGAUUGGGGACGGCUAG